UCCAUCGACAGCCUUUCGUCGUUAUACCACCUUCAAGAUGCGACAUAUGGGCUACUAUGGUCAGAUCUGACGAUGGAAUAUGGACACUGCGGAGCUGUCAAACUCUCUUUUGAUCGCGUGCGAUGAUCACCAUGGCAAUAAUUACGCGUCAGGAAAACGAGGGUCGAGCGCGUGAGGGCGCGCUGUGUGUCAGAGAGUGACUAUCACUACCUAGUGACUGUGUGCGCGAAUUUGUGUUCAUACGACUGUAGACGAGGAGAUGGCCAGGCGCGCCUGAACACAAGCUGCAGUCGCGUUCGACCACCGCGUAGCUGAGCUUCAGUGCCAUUUAGGUGAAGUGGCGCCGGCUGUUGCGCAUCCCGUCGGUGGAAACCCGGUGUGGAUGGGUGGUUCCGCAUUUUGAGGAGGUCCCCCGCCUCAUACAGAGAGACCACCCGGAUUCUGCAGAGGAAUGCCUCAACACGGAGAGGAGCGCCUUCAAGUUGCGUCGAUCCAGGUAUUGGAGAAGUGCAGUGGGCGACUGCAUAGACAGACUGUGCACGCAGCGGCACAUUAAAGGCCUGGACAGCAGCCAGACGUGACUUUUUGAGUGGCGACAUAAACACGCACCCCACCGCGUUAGCGUUGCGUUUGGACGCGCGCCCUCCGCGCAACAGCUGCAAGUUGGUGCCAGCAGGUGCAAGACCUGACUUGAGUACAGGUUUGCCCUGUCUAUCUAUCUAUCUAUCUAUCUAUCUAUAAGGCACAUACUGUGAGACUACCACAAACACAAAGCGUUUCAGUCUGAUAAACUCAAACACACAAGUGUCACAAGUGUGUGAGAGCCGGUCAGGAUGCAGGUCUCAUUCGCUUGUACGGAGCACAAUCUGAAGAGCCGCAGCGAGGACCGGCUGUGCGGCCUGCGAACUGCCCCUCCACCAGGGGGCAGUGGAGGAGGAGGAGGGAGCGGACAGGGGGGAAACGGCAACUACGCCCCUCAGAGCUUGGUCAAAUCACGGGACCUGGCGGGGUCCCGACCCCUGCCACAAGGCCACGCCCACAUGAAGGAGGCCAUUGGAAGACACAGUAGCAUGAAGUACAGAAACCUCGGAAAGUCGGGUCUACGUGUUUCUUGCUUGGGUCUUGGUACCUGGGUGACAUUUGGAUCUCAGAUCUCUGAUGAGAUGGCAGAGAGUGUGAUGACGAUAGCUUAUGAGAAUGGAGUCAAUCUGUUCGACACAGCGGAAGUGUACGCUUCAGGCAGGGCUGAAAUCACUCUAGGGAACAUCAUCAAGAAAAAAGGCUGGAGACGGUCCAGUUAUGUAGUAACGACUAAGAUCUACUGGGGAGGACAGGCAGAGACAGAGAGAGGCCUGUCCAGAAAACACAUCAUAGAAGGUCUCAGAGGUUCCCUGUCUAGACUACAGCUGGAUUACGUGGAUAUUGUCUUCGCCAACCGAAACGAUGUGAACAGCCCCAUGGAAGAGGUAGUACGAGCGAUGACAUUUGUUAUAAACCAGGGAAUGGCCAUGUACUGGGGCACGUCACGCUGGAGUGCCAUGGAGAUCAUGGAGGCGUACUCUGUAGCGAGGCAGUUUAAUUUAAUCCCACCGGUAUGUGAACAGGCCGAGUAUCACUAUUUCCAGAGGGAUAAAGUGGAGGUGCAGCUGCCAGAGCUCUACCACAAGAUCGGUGUUGGAGCCAUGACCUGGUCUCCUCUCGCAUGCGGGCUGAUCACUGGGAAAUACAGUGAUGGUGUUCCAGACUGUUCAAGAGCAGCAAUUAAAGGCUAUCAGUGGCUAAAGGAGCGAGUGUUCAGUGAAGAAGGACGCAGACAGCUGGCAAAAAUCAAAGAGCUCCAUCUGGUGGCUGACAGGCUGGGCUGCACGGCUGCUCAGCUCGCCAUUGCGUGGUGUUUGCGUAGUGAAGGGGUCAGUUCUGUACUUCUUGGUGUCUCCAAUACAGACCAGCUUCUUGAGACCAAAGCUUCUCUCCAGGUGCUGUCUCAGAUGACGCCUCAGACUGUGAGCGAGAUGGAUGCUCUCCUGGGCAACAAGCCUCACUCCAAGAAAGAGUCACGUGCGUGAGGGAACCAGAGAGAUGACAUGAACACGUGCAGCCAAGAAAAGACAAAGAACGCAAGGGGAACAGACGGAACACGGCGUACCAUCGCUUUUCUGCUCUCCCGUAUAUUACAACACCUGCAUGUCUUCUGCAACAUGCUUCCAGCCCACACCACACUGCUCUCUGUAACCCUGCUCAAACAUCUGAACAUAACCCACCAAUUCAACACGGAAACGGCUGUCUGCAACAACUUUUCAUUUCAUUACUUGGAGAGACUGAAGACCCAGUCUUUCAUGAGGAAGUACUGCCGAUUGUAGGAGGUGGAUGAAAGUGUCAAAAAGCUUGUUUAUUAGCAGGCCCAGACGGAAUCUGCAGCUUGUUUUUUUUGCAGUUUCCACUGCAGAAUUCCACUGUUUCCGCUACGGAAUCUCCAAUGCGGAAUUCUGUGAAAUGGAUCAAAUGUGAUACAUUGGAGAGUGCUAUAUCAUUGUUGCCAGCUGGAAGCAUUAUCAGAUUUGCCAAAAUAUUUAUUAAAAGGACAUGUGUGGGGCGAAUGAUGUGUAGGACUUUUCAGUUAGGACUAAAACCUGCGCAGAUUCCGCGUGGGCCUGGUUGUGCGUUCAAGAACGUAUGAACGUGUGUGCAUGCGGUGACGCUUUUUGAAUCAAACUCUCCGGUGCUGGUGUUGCACAUAAAUGACUCAGAAAAUGGGUGACACCAAGUGAAGAUGCUUCUGAGAGCCGCCCGUCCCGUUUGUUGGGACGUUCACUGCCUACAGGAGCAACAUGCAGCAACUGCAAACAGCUGUUUGGACACAUCACAAGUCUUCCUCCAUUUCCCUCCUUUCCAUCUCUCCUUGUGUUUACAACGGUGCACCUGUCCCUUUAAGAGAAUCCGUGCUGUUAGUGGAGGGGCGUGUGAGUGUGUACACGGUACCUUGCGAAUAUAUUCAGACCCUCACCAGUUCACUCAUACUAACAAACACCU